AUGGCAUUGUAUUCAGCACCGAUGAUUAUUUUCGUCAACAAGAUGGAUACAGCAAAGCAAGCAAUGGAGCAGGGAAAAUCUCCAGUUAUAAUAGACAACACUAAUACUCAAGCCUGGGAAAUGAAGCCGUAUGUGGAAGUGGCUCUGGAAAAGGGAUACAGAGUGGAGUUUCAUGAGCCAGAUACUUGGUGGAAGUUUGAUCCUGAAGAAUUAGAAAAGAGGAAUAAACAUGGGGUCACUCGUGAGAAGAUUGCUCAGAUGUUGGAACGAUAUGAAUAUCAAAUAUCCAUACCUAUUGUCAUGAAUUCAGUGGUACCUCCCCACAAAAACACUCAAAGGCCACCUCUGCAGCGAAGACAUAGGGAGAAAAUGUUAAAGAAGAACCCUGGGCACCUGUUGACAAAAGCAAAGCAGAGGAAAAAGCGCAAAAGAAACAAAAAACCGAAAGGCAAUCACACAGAAAUUAUGAAGAAAAUGUUAGGUGGAGCAGCUCAUCAUCCAAUUCCAAAUGACCAGGACACAUCAGAAAGUGAAGAGGAUGAUUCGGAAGAAGAAAACAGCAAAUCAUUGUGUACGCUCGGUGAAGGUCCAGAGGACCCAGUAACGGUUUGUGAAGAGCAGCCUAAUGGUGAUGAUGAAAGACUGAAAGAAGCUGCAGUGGUUUCAAGAGAAAGGCUUCCCAUCGCCGCAUCUGAGGUCUCAACGAUGUUGAAGAGCGCGUUGAAAAAUGAAUUGCCUGUAGAAAGUGACAGUUCACUUCUAAUAGAUGAAACAGAAAGCAUCUCUGAAGAUUAUAACAUGCCACUGUUAAGCACAGGAAACAAACUCGAAUCAUAUCAAAUGACACGUGAACCUGACAUGGAAGCUAAGCCGUUAAGUUUAAAUGAUGAAGAAAAAGAAAUCUCUCCAUGUUACGAUUCAAACGUACAUGGUAACGUGCCUGAUAAUAACUCAGAGGACAAAGGUGCGUUAAAAGCAGAAGAGAAUAGCUCUAAUGCCUGGGCUUUUUUUUCAAUUAAUUUACCUACUGAGGAAUUGCAGCUGGGCUUUGAUACACAAGUUUCUCUCUCUUCUUGGUCCGAGGAUAAAUUUGUAGGUGAACAAAGACCCCCAAAAAUGAGGAAACCUAAACAGACUCAUACGGACAGUUCAACACAGCUAAACUGCUGUUGGUCAAAUGAAGGAUUGGUAAAGGAGAACCAUCAGGUAACAGUAACUGAGGAGGCUGGCAACAUAAUAAGCAAUGGUCUGUUGGCAUCUCCAGCUGAUGAAAUGCACGUUGAUUCCCUUGUGGAAGCCAGGGCCACCUUCACGCAGUGUUCGAGUGAAGGAAAUGUUCCCAGAAAUGAUGCUACACCAAUUACAUCAAAGAGGAAAAGAUACAGAAGAAUUGUCAACUUGGCACCAAAGUUUAAUCUACCAAGAGAGAUUGCUGGUAGUACAGAGGGAGGGAAGGACCUCCCAGUACAAGGUGAUGUUCCCCAAAAAAGGGUUCUGGAAGUGGGGCAAAAGAGCUUUCUAAGGAAGGAUGGUAGAGAGGAACGUGAACAGGACCGUGCAUUGCAGGAAUAUUCUGUACCUUACAGUGGCACCGAGGCAACCUAUUCCUUACCCACCCUGGAUGCAGAUGCUCUGUUACAUGAUGUUUCUUACAUUCAUUCGGGACAGUCGUCUUCUAUGCCAAAAAAUUCCUGCAGGGUUUUUGUAGUUUCCAGGGCGAAGGAGGAGCAAGCUGGAACUCUGAAGCAACAACAGGUAGUUGAUAAGAAAGAGGGCGAGAGUGAACAAGUUUCUUCAGAGGUUACAAAUAGCCGACCAGAUAUUUUGUCUUCUGUUAAAGUUAUUUCUGAAUAUCCAGAAGAUUCCGGUAUAUUGGCAAGCUGCGGUGAAAAUGUGCAUGAAGUAGAUGACCCUGAGCCAACAGAGGCCUCACAACUUGAAGAUAACCAAGAUGUGAACAUGAAAUGUAGUUUUCUGGGACUUCCCUUAUCAUUAGGAUUUGCUUUUCAACUUGUGCAACUCUUUGGUUCUCCAGGUCUUCCACUGGAAUCCUUGUUGCCAGAUGAUUAUAUAGUUCCUCUUGACUGGAAAGUUUCAAAGAUGAUCUAUUUACUGUGGAAGACCUCUGUGGAGGAAAAACAGAAAACAAAUGGAUUGCAGAAUGGAAAUGCCUUGGCUGAAGAGAAAACAGUUAAUGCUGAAGCGUGUCGAAGGUUUUCAGCACAAAUGAGUGAUAGCGCUCCUCCUUGUGCAAAAGCACUAGGAAGUGAUGCUACUAUUAGUCUUGAAGAUCUAAAUAAAAAUCGCGAAGAGAAUCAAGACUCUUCUGAAACACUUCCAGAAGUGGAGCUGUUUCAAGGGGUGAUAGAGGAGAACAUCGUGACCUACACUAGCACUGGCUCUCUGGAUGCUGUGUUUCAUCAGUCAUGA